GGAAAUAUAGUUUACCCAAGAAGGCAACUUUGUAUAGAGAUAGAGAGAGACUGAGAUCCAAGAAAAAAUCUUGCAUCCUUCUCUCGAUCUAUAACAACGUCAAAGAAACACAGAUAGGGAGACUUUGAGUGUCUAAACAGAGAGAGAGAGAGAGACAAGAGACUGUGAGUGCUUAGAGUCAAGGAAAAAAGAUGAGAGAAAUAAUAAGCAUUCACAUAGGACAAGCGGGGAUUCAAGUAGGCAAUGCUUGUUGGGAGCUUUAUUGUCUUGAACAUGACAUCCAACCUGAUGGAAUGAUGCCUAGUGAUACUUCACCGGGUGCUGCACAUGAUGCAUUCAAUACCUUCUUCAGUGAGACUAGCUCUGGAAAACAUGUGCCUAGAGCUAUUUUUGUUGACUUGGAACCAACUGUUAUUGACGAAGUUAGGACUGGAACUUAUCGGCAACUUUUCCACCCUGAGCAACUUAUGUCUGGAAAGGAAGAUGCUGCUAAUAAUUUUGCUAGAGGACACUAUACAGUUGGGAAGGAAAUUGUGGAUCUCUGUGUUGAUCGAGUGAGGAAGUUGGCUGAUAACUGCACUGGCUUACAAGGGUUUUUGGUGUUUAAUGCUGUUGGUGGUGGAACGGGGUCUGGUUUGGGGUCUUUGUUGUUAGAACGCUUGUCUGUAGAUUAUGGAAAGAAGUCAAAGCUUGGAUUCACCAUUUAUCCUUCUCCUCAGGUCUCAACAGCAGUUGUGGAGCCUUACAACAGUGUACUCUCUACUCAUUCCCUUCUUGAGCACACAGAUGUGGCAGUACUCUUGGACAAUGAAGCUAUUUAUGACAUUUGUCGAAGAUCCUUGGAUAUUGAAAGACCAACAUACACAAAUUUGAACCGAUUGAUAUCUCAAACCAUAUCAUCCUUGACAACUUCAUUAAGGUUUGAUGGGGCCAUAAACGUGGAUGUUACAGAGUUUCAGACCAACCUUGUGCCAUAUCCCCGUAUCCAUUUCAUGCUUUCUUCAUACGCCCCUGUUAUAUCAGCUGAAAAGGCGUACCAUGAGCAAUUGUCAAUUCCAGAGAUCACAAAUGCUGUCUUUGAGCCUGCAAGCAUGAUGGCUAAGUGUGAUCCUAGACAUGGGAAAUACAUGGCCUGCUGUUUGAUGUACCGAGGAGAUGUUGUUCCAAAGGAUGUCAAUGCUGCUGUGGCUACUAUCAAAAGCAAAAGGACUGUUCAGUUUGUUGACUGGUGUCCAACUGGCUUCAAAUGUGGGAUCAACUAUCAGCCACCUACUGUAGUACCUGGGGGUGAUCUUGCCAAGGUUCAGCGUGCUGUAUGCAUGAUCAGCAACAACACAGCUGUGGCCGAGGUGUUUUCUCGCAUUGACCACAAAUUUGAUCUCAUGUACUCCAAGAGGGCUUUUGUCCACUGGUAUGUUGGUGAAGGCAUGGAAGAAGGGGAAUUCUCAGAAGCUCGUGAAGAUCUGGCUGCCCUUGAGAAGGAUUACGAGGAAGUUGGUGCUGAAGGUGUAGAUGAUGAAGAGGAAGGUGAUGACUAUCAAUAAGUUAUUGCCACUUGCAAUAGAAUUCAUCUGGGAAAUGGUUAAGCGUGUGAGGGUUUGGCCACCAACCCGCCCGUCUUACGUUGCCGUUGUUAUGUUUGUGAUGUGUCGCACCACUAUCCUUCUUCUGUAAAAUAGUCAAGACUAUGUCUGUCUUCGUAUUUGAAGUGUAUUUUAUUGUUUCCAGUUUGAUAUUUCAGAAUUAAGUUUCUCAUCA